AUGAAACAUUACGUUGUCAUCACUUUCAAGGGCGCUAACAAAGUGCUGAAACACUAUUGCACCGAUCAGCAGGAAGCGUUACGGACGCUGCGAGCAACGCCCGGAGCUCGUAUGAUGGUGUUUUCUUCCAAAAACGAUAUACCCGACUUCUUAGCAACGCCAAUAACCACCACUAACAACCGACCCGUUACCGAUUCCGCUUGUAUCCGUCCCCGCGGGGCUGUUGACUACGACGGCAGAUAUGAUCGGUGUUUCCUGCAAGCGGUCGAGGCUGGCGAUCAGCUGAAGGUGUUUCGGAUGAUUGUUUGCGUUCCGGCGCUGUUAAUCAACGACACGUACCAUCCGCGCGUGUACACGAAACAGGGUGAGAACGCGCUGCACAUUGCGGCCAGACGGGGCUUUUCGCAAAUCUGCAACCACAUCCUGCAAGCGAUCGGGUCCCCUUUGUUCAUCGCGACGCACCAGGGAAAAAGGACCGAGAUGACGACGGUGCUGAGCGAAAAGUUGCUGGAGCUCUACCUGAACUCGGCCGAACGGUACCGAUACGACACACCGAUACAUCUAGCGGUGGAGCACGGGUGGGUGAGCGUCGUGCGCGUGCUCAUUUCGUAUCCGCAGUGCGAGCUAAAGCCCAACAUUUGGAACCAUUACCCGCAAGACUUGGUAUGCGUUCGCGCCACUGGUGCUCGUACGACGAGCGCGGUGUACUCGACCAUUGCCGGUUUGCUGCAGGAGAAUUAUUUCGUACCGCUCAUAAGAACCGAGUGCGAUCUGGAGCCGCCAUUCGUAGGGGAACCUUUCUCGCGCCUGAAACCGCCCGACCUAACCAACCAAACUGGAGAUGUACUGGCACCACAAAGGGUAGUCACCGCAUUCGCUGGUCCGAUGACUCUCGUUAUGGCGCAACACUUUCGCAAGCAAUGGCAAUCCUCUCCGCGGCUGACGGUAGUUCCGACCAACACCGACGGCACGCAUGAUUCAUCGCCGCCAGGCCGCGACACACAACUGCUAUGCUCGGUCACCCAAAAGCUGUACGACCAGUCCAACCUAGCGCAGGCACCGGGUUACAUUGUGCGUGCGUUUCGCAGACGCUAUUUGAACACCGCGCUGGAGCGAAUCGGCCGUUAUAUGGCUAAAGCGCUGAACAUGCAAUGGAAAGAGUACUGGCCUUUUCUCAACCUGUACUGUGAUUUGAGCGAGCCGUACGGGUUGCGCAUGCUUGAGAAAUAUUUGGCGUACAAGGCGGCCAACCUGUCGCUGCAGCAGGACGCCACGGCGAUCGCUAUCGGUGGGAGCAUAAAAAACCGGGAGAACCUUUUCGCGCUGUUCGCUAUCGCAAAUGUGGAAAUCAAUGAGCAGCUGUACCCAUUCAUUACCCGCUGGAAACAUAACAUGUCGCUUAUCUUAAAUGCGGAUUGA